AUCGGCAGCUUCCGACGACGUCGCUGGGAAAUGGCAGAAAGUGUUGGUGGUGUCACGGAAGCGAAGAGAUUAGGUUACGUGUGAGCCCGGCCUGUGAGUGCGAGGGUGAAGGGACUACAUCCGGAGCAAGAGAGGGAUUACUCGGGUGCUUCUACAGACAAGCAAGCGGGUGGAAGACAGACAAACAAGCGGCCGGGUUGUGUCUCCAGCAGCGGACUGACGGCGGCUCGAUACUGCUGCAAUCAACCGGACAGAGGUCGUGAGAGGAGAGCUCCACUUGGAUGCCUAGUCAUAGCGUUUCUGCAAGGCUUCACCAUGAACCGGAAUAAGCGUGAAAAGGAGUACUACAGUAUAGAUGUUGGCGAUUCAACAUUUAUGGUUUUAAAGCGCUACCAGAACCUCAGACCCAUCGGAUCUGGAGCCCAGGGAAUCGUCUGCUCAGCGUAUGAUCACAAUUUUGAGAGGAACGUCGCAAUUAAGAAGCUGAGUCGGCCCUUUCAGAAUCAGACCCAUGCCAAACGGGCCUACAGAGAACUGGUGCUCAUGAAAUGUGUCAACCACAAGAACAUUAUCGGCCUAUUAAACGUUUUCACACCACAGAAGACACUGGAAGAAUUCCAAGAUGUGUAUAUUGUGAUGGAGCUGAUGGACGCCAACCUCUGCCAGGUGAUCCAGAUGGAGCUGGACCACGAGAGGCUGUCCUACCUGCUCUACCAGAUGCUGUGUGGAAUCAAGCACCUACAUGCCGCAGGCAUCAUUCACAGGGACUUGAAGCCCAGUAACAUCGUGGUGAAGUCUGACUGUACUCUCAAGAUUCUGGAUUUUGGCCUGGCCAGAACGGCCGCCACAGGCCUCCUCAUGACGCCCUACGUGGUCACCCGCUACUACCGUGCUCCCGAGGUCAUCCUGGGCAUGGGCUACCAGGCCAAUGUUGAUGUCUGGUCUGUUGGAUGCAUCAUGGCUGAAAUGGUCCGGGGUAGUGUGUUGUUUCCUGGCACUGAUCAUAUCGACCAGUGGAACAAGGUCAUCGAGCAGCUGGGGACGCCAGCUCAGGAGUUCUUGUUGAAACUCAACCAGUCUGUGAGGACGUAUGUGGAGAACCGGCCACGGUACGCCGGCUACAGCUUCGAGAAGCUCUUCCCUGACGUCCUGUUCCCUGCAGACUCUGAACACAACAAACUCAAAGCGAGCCAAGCCCGAGAUCUAUUAGCCAAGAUGCUGGUAAUUGAUGCAUCCAAACGGAUCUCAGUGGACGAGGCUCUCAAGCACCCGUACAUCAAUGUGUGGUACGACCCGACUGAAGUGGAGGCGCCACCACCAGCGAUCACAGACAAGCAGCUGGAUGAACGAGAGCACACAGUGGAGGAGUGGAAAGAGUUGAUAUACAAAGAGGUGUUCGACUGUGAGGAGAAGACAAAGAACGGCAUCAUCAGGGGACAGCCAGCGUCCAUAGCACAGGUGCAACAGUGAGCAGCAGCCCCAAACCUUCCUCCUCGUAGACAUCCUCCCCCUCCUCCAUGUCCACCCACCUGACCCUGACCGAUGCUGACGGCAGCCUGGAGAUUGGCCCGCACCGCCACCGUCGUCGCCACCGCUGCUGCUAUGACCACCGGCCUCCUGGGCUGCUGCAGAUGACUAUCGUCUCCACCUGUUCCCGGUCUCGGCCUGGGCCACUCCCCCUGGUCACCUCUGACCACUCAGCCUGACGCAGGCUUAAGGCCCGCCCCCUUCACCUGAGUCCUCCCACCUCCUCUCUGUGCUCGUCUCCAGUAGUGUAGUGAUUAGCCAGCUAGCUGUUUGAGAAAUAUUUCUGAAAGGACAGAUCAUUUCUCUUUUAUUUUUAUGAGUUAUAGUCCUUUAUUUUUAAAUUAGGAUCCUUUUUUUUUUAGUCCUAGCUGUAAUUUAUUGUGGCAUUUCUUAAUUUUUCAGAAACCUAAGAUGAUGAUAAGAGAAUUUUUAUGAUUUUACUACGUUCCGGUUUGUAUUAACCGACAGUGAGAGUUUAAAGAAAUAUCUGUAAACUGUUUAAUGUGAUUUAUUUUUCUGUUGAAAGUCGUUUGUUUUCACUUGCUUUUACAACUUGCCAUAUAAAUGUAGACAGAGUUUGUACAGAUUUUAUGGUAGAUGUAGUUUUAUCUAUGAGUUUGCAGUGAGCCUUUGAGACAUAAUUUUAUUGACAAAUGUACGGUCUAAGUACUCCCCUUACCUUAUGUCACGUCAUAUGGAAAUUGUUUUAAAUGCUUAUGACGUAUGCAUUUAUUUGAGUGACUGAGGUCACUUGGAUUUAUUUGUAAAACUAUUUUUUCUUGUGAGUCACUACUACAGCCUACAUUGUAAAUUUCAACGAAAUCUUAAUUUAGUUCAUUCUUCACUUCUUGUGUUGUCCAAAUUUGAAAAAUCUUGAGAUAUUCUUUCAGCAAGUGAUCACACUUGAGCUAUGGGAUCGAUGAUGGCACAGUGAGGUCCGGCAAGAUACUUUGGAAGAUUUUGACGACUGUGUUGCAAGUUUUUAAGUGCUUUAAAGUACCUCCUUUCUUGUCUGCAACAGGCAGUGGGACGUUAUGGAAUUGAAGUGGUGGUGUUGCUUUGGAGAACUGGCUGCACAGAGCCGCCUCACGUUCUCCUCAGGCUUGCUUUGGCAGUGAGGGAUUUUGGAACGUUGUUUUUUUUUGUCGUGCUUCGGGAGGUUUGUUUGAGAGGUAAAGUUGCGCAUUGGGUUUAAAAUCGGUGACGGUGUUGAGUAGAAUGUGCUUCAGUCAAGUAGGGAAUUGUGAUAUUGAGAACGCGUGUGAACAUGUGGGUGUUAAGUGUCUCGGUUGGGAUUAGCGAUUAUGCAGCCUGGUGGUGUGAAAAGAUGUCUGCUUCCUACUACCACAUCCUGUUAUUAGUGAUGUACUUUUGUGAAUUUGAAAAAUCAAAAAGUGGUCUUUUUAGUUUUUUCUUCAAAAAAUUGGCCAAACACUUAGCUUACCAGACUUGCCUGCAAUUGUGAAUUAAAGAACCUAAAACUUUGCAUGUUAAAACAGCAGCACAAACGAGCCGAGUAGAAGGAAACGUUAUUCUUACUGUAUGCAAUAAUUGUGCCCUUUUUAAGUGUUUUUGAUUUGUUUUGAAAGGAAAAGUGCCUGUUUGUCAUUCAUUCCUGAGUAGGUGGGAGGAAGUGUUUCAUCACGUGUAGGUUUUUAUGGCAUUUGGAUAAUAACAUGAGUUGUAGUGUCCAUAUCAAACCAAUAAUGUAUGAUGGGGUUGUAGUUCUCACAAAUGUAUUGUAUAUCUUUCUACUUGUUUUGCUUUUGACCCUUGGGCAGGGAGACUGGUGUCUUGCAGGGUAAAGAAAGUGGCGCUGUAUGCGGCGAGAUGCUUAAGCAUGUGUUUGAGUAAUUUCAGAAGAAAGGGCAGGUUUAUCAAGGUCUUUCAUCAAAGUAAUAAAAAUAACUAUUUCCUUGCAGUAACAGCAACUGAAAUUCAUUUUAAUUAUACUUUUUCGGCUCCUUUUGAGGACUAAUUAAAUGUGGUGAUUGUAAAAGAGAAAAAGAAACCGAAAAGUUCAGAUUUGACGUUUAACUACUGCAGCAAAUGAAAAUGAGAGAAUUCUAUUAUAUUGUCAGUAUUUUGUGGAUGGUUUUGGAUGUUUAUCGUUAAAAGACAGAUUUAUGUUGUCUUCCUUUGAAGAUCAUGAUCGUUUUGGUCAUAAAUGAGCAAAUCAAAGGAGUUGACGAUAUUUAAUAAUUUGCUCUGUGCGCCAUCUAUCGAGAUGUUACCUAGCCGUUCCGCCUGCUCAAAAUGUUUGCGCAUUUGUCACGGAUCGUGAACUUGUGUGAUGGAUUUUUGACAAGAGGCAUAACUGUCCCUAUGCUAAGAUUAUCUUAAUGUGUAACACAGAGAGUACAUCCGUCUAGAACCUGUCUUGGUCCCUGACAUGGACAUGUACCCACUGAACUCUAAGCUAACUAUAGGUUUUCUGUAGCUUUGUGCUGUGCUUAGCUUUGGUGACUUGUUAUUUCAUGACGGCUGUCGGGCUUUACACAGACGUAACCAUUCACAUACAUCUGUACUUGCACCAGUUUUUUGGGAAACGUUACCAAAUGGGAGAAUGCUUUAUUUUUUGUAAUUUACUAAAUCGGGUUGCACCUUUUAAAACUGGCCGCCAAAAGUAGUUUGUCGCACUGUAGCAAAAUCAGUGGAAAUAUAACAAAGCUUAUUUUAUUAGUAUAGACGUGCAAACAUUAGGUGUUUAGAUUUCAAAAUGAAUUGGUAUUUGUAAAAGUGGGAAAUAUCUGACUGACUGUCAGUAGUUUUAUUGGAUAACUCAUUCUAACAUAAUUAAUGUAAUAACAUUGUUAUUUACUAAUAAUUAUAAAUAUGCUGGCAUUUAACUUUGUCAGUAAUAGUAGCUACAACAGCUAAUCCUUACUGUAUUGGCAAGCUAAUGUUAUCUUUAAUAGUUACUGUACCUACACAAUAGUUCAUAUUUAAUUAUUAGCCAACUAAUGUAAGCUUUAUAAGCAGUUACUGGGUGUAAAUAUUUAAUAAAAACUACAUGAGAGCUAGUUUUUGUGGUGCAACCCAUUUUAAUUCUUCACUGCAUCUCGACUUUCUAAACACUAUAUAUUAUAUAACUCAGAUAAAUUUGAACUUACAAAGAGCUGGUGCAACGGCUCCUCCUUUUUUCAGUGACCAGAAUGGAAUAAAAUCACAUCAUCAAGGGUCCGUUAGCAAAGGUAGCAUUAGCACAGCACAAUGCUUCAUUUAUUCCAGACUCCAACAGCAAAAAAUGUCAAACUGUAAAUGUGCUGCAGGAAUCUUGACAGACGAGGAGUAAAACCUGGGACAGAGUCACAUCCUUACGAAAGGCAGCAAUAGCAGGGAGAAAAUUGACGUAUCCAUUUGUCUUAUUAGCACAUUUGUCAAAUUUGUGAAAAAAUAAUCAAUCAGAAAAAAACACUUUGUUGUCUAAAGUGCUCUUAAUUUUCUAGCCCAACAUUAGGGGCUUUUUGCUUGUUUGUUUUUUUCUUCCUCUUAGGUUGUUGUUGCUUUUUGAUAUGAUUACUGCAUCUCUCCAAACAAUGUCAUUCUGAUUUAAGUCGGCUUUGAUGAACUACCUCACACUGAAUUUCUGCCAGUUCUUGCAUAUAUUUAGUCGCCUGCAGAAUUAGCUAUCGAAGACGUGUGAAUAACAGAUUCCAUUAUUUAUUUAUUUGAAAGUGUACUAUUUGUCGGUUUCAGCAGACUUCUAGUUUUGUACAUUAUGUAUACUUCACCUAGAAGUAAGAGAAUUGUUAUAUGUAUUUUUUUUGUUCUUUUAUGUUUCUUUUGUUUUUAAACUAAAUGUGCAAUACCUUCAGCAAACUGUGCUAGUAGUAUGUGAUGGGCCUAGCCUUUGUUAGCUGUCUCCUGAAGGUAAAGAAAAUGUUUGGUACUGUCAAUCCAUGUUUUCCUUUUUUUAUGAAUAAGAUCAAUUUUUAUUUCUGUGACUUGUUUAUAGUCAUACUAUUAUGUAAUCAGUCUUACCCACCAAACAAAUCUGUAAACCGGGGUUUGAUUUAGGGACAGAGGGUUCUUUGAGUCAGAACAUGGCAGACAGAUUAAUUUAUGGGAUGUGGUAAGGACAAUAAUGUUAGUGAACACAAAAAAAAAAGUUGAGUAAAAUACCUACAAUAAAUCAUUAAAUGUG